GGAAGGGCUGCGUCGAAGAGGAGAAGAAGGUAGGAGAGAGGUCUGUCGGCUCUGAAGAAGCGUUGAGAGGGUCUAAUGGAGGAAGGACAGCAGCAGCACAUUCGACAAAUCAAGAACUCGCGGCUAAUGGAGGAGGAUGGUGAAGAAGAAUCACCGAGGUCAGCUCUUUCCUCAUUCCAAGCAAGAGAAGAAGAGAUCGAGAGGAAGAAAAUGGAGGUCAAAGAGAAGGUUUUUGCUCAGUUGUGCAGAGUGGAAGAGGAGACUAAACACUUGGCCAUGAUCCGAGGCGAACUGGAAGCCAUGGUAGAUCCAACCAGGAACGAAGCGGCGGCAUUACGCAAGAAGAUAGACGCAGUCAAUCGUGCAUUGAAACCUCUCGGACAAUCCUGUCUGAGGAAGGAAAAAGAAUACAAAGAAGCUCUCGAAGCCUUCAAUGAGAAGAACAAGGAGAAGUCUCAGCUAGUGGCCAAACUCAUGGAGCUGGUCAGCGAGAGCGAGAGACUGAGGAUGAGGAAGCUGGAGGAGUUGAACAAGUCGAUAGAUUUCUUUCGCUAAGUCCAUCUGCAGGAGCGUUUCAGAUGGAUUUUUUCUACAGUAAUGUUUGUGAUCGGGAUUCCAAGUUCU